GAGACCCCUAUAAAGUGACGCACAGCCACUGACCAACACUUGCUGUUAGACCUCUAACUCGACCUCACCAUAACUCUGCAAGUAGCUGCAUCAUGGGAGAACAGAAGCACAUCGUGGCUAAACUGGCAGCUGCCUUUCAGGUCCGACACGUCCUCCUGCGUCAGGCGCUGGCUGAAUGUCUUGGGACUCUGAUUCUGGUGAUGUUUGGUUGUGCUUCCGUUGCGCAGCUGGUGCUAAGCCGAGGGUCCCACGGCACGUUCCUCAGCGUCAACUUGGCCUUUGGUUUCGCUGCGACUUUGGGGAUUCUUGUGAGCGGUCAGAUCUCAGGCGGUCAUCUGAACCCGGCGGUGACCUUCGCUCUGUGUUUACUCAGGACGGAGCCCUGGAGGAACUUCCCCUUGUACUUUGUCUGUCAGACCCUCGGAGCGUUUCUGGGCGCAGCGGUCGUGUUCGGCCUUUAUUCAGAUGCGUUGCUGGACUUCGGCCAGGGCGAGCUGAGCGUGGUGGGGGAAAACGCUACAGCUGGGAUUUUUGCCACGUAUCCAUCACAACAUCUCGGCGUGGUUAACGGAGUCCUCGAUCAGGUUAUUGGAACAGCUGCAUUGAUCGUCUGCAUCCUGGCCAUAGUUGAUCCACGCAACAAUCCAACUCCCAAAGGUCUGGAGGCGUUCACCGUAGGCUUUGUUGUGCUGGUCAUCGGCCUGUCAAUGGGCUUCAACUCUGGCUAUGCCGUGAAUCCAGCCAGAGACCUGGGACCGCGCAUCUUCACAGCUAUGGCAGGCUGGGGCGGAGAGGUUUUUACAGCGAACUCCUACUGGUUCUUUGUGCCCGCCUGUGCCCCCUUCUUGGGUGCAGCGGUGGGUGUGCUGAUAUAUCAGCUAAUGAUUGGACACCACUUAGAAGGAGAAGGAGAAGUGCAAGAGGAGCAGAAGAAGGAGGAAGCGGAGGAGGAAAGGUUGAAACUUUCAAAUACUGCAACCGACCAAGAUGUGUGAGCACUGCUGAGUUCAUUUCUCGCUUCAUAACAUUCUCGUUUUACGACUCGACCUUUUUGCUAGUUAGGAAAAGUUUUUUACCUUCACUAACACCUCUUUUUGUUUAAGCUAUUAUGAAGACAUAUACUCAUACGACUUCUCCUCGCCAACAGGAACUGUUUCUCACCUGUUUACUGAAUUCAUCUCCACUGAACUCUUUCAUUUCUACUUGAAGCACAAAACGAUUUCCUUCCCCCGAUGCGCGUCUGACAAAACCAAUACAUCAGCACAGAGGAAGACAAAAAAAAGCCAAAACAAAAGACAGUCGGGAGUUGAAGAGGUAUCUGAGCGGCGCUUUGUUUAUUUCUCGUCUAAGGCGGGAGAAACCUUGAAAAUCGCCUUCCAAUCAGAGAGCGCUCACACUCAACGUCUCCUCCCCCGCUGUUUGUAUCAUUCAAACAACCUGUGCAGAGUUCCACCUCUGCAGGGUGUCUGAGUUCAACACAACUUUUUUUUGUAGCCAAAUAAAUGUUUAAUGAACUCAUUAUAAUUACAAGUGCUACCAAAAUCAGGUGUCUGUGUUACAGUUUAAUAAGUGUCAGAGGCACCAUUGAACACCUUAUUGAACUGAUGUUUAGCCAAUUAAAAAUAUCUACGGGAGGGUGAUCCUGUCGAUGACUCUGAUCUACGAGCGGCGUUGGCAAUAUUCACAGGUCGUAGUGGGCAACUUGUUCAAGGUUUUUUUUUUUUUGCAGUGGGAUAAACUCGACUUUUAAAGGCAUGGGUUGGUAAUCGUCUCCAGAAUUUGGUUUUGCUCUCGGCUGGGGGCGGAGUCUAUGGGUGGAGAUAUACCAUUUUUUUUUUCUACCAGAAUCCCACUGUGAUGUCACAAGGAGAGCUGAUCUGAAACGGAGCAUUUUCCUCUGCGUUGUAAGACUCAUGUCAUGUUUUUUUUGGGGUUUUUUUCAGAGUUUAGAUUCUUCUUUGAGUUUUUCUUGGUGUUGCUUGUUUCCCUUUAAAUGUUUCC